UUAGCCCUCUGUCGCAGCACCGUCUGCGCCUCCGCAGACCACCGUCUCCCCUCCUUCCCCACCGCGACUACCGACGCGUCGAGCCAUUCGCUCAGCCUGUUGUAGCGAGCAGCUUGCGACUCGCGAGGACAUUGUGUCCUCUCUUCUGGACUUUAGCAUGCUCCAGGCUCGUCAGGAGCGACUCACCCUCCAUGUCGCUGUCAUGCGUCGCCUUCUCACCAUCCUCUUUGACCCUGAUAGCACCCUCCCGAUCAUCCCCGUACGACUGGGGACCUCCACGAGCGUGUACUCAGCGUUGUGGGAUUCCGGUUCUCAGGGCGACUUCAUUCACCCACGCGUGGUGAAAGAAGCCCGCUUACCUACGACCGGGUCUCCAACUCCCAUCUCCAUCACCUUAGGGGAUGACAAGACCCAGCGCUUCUUCGAUCAGACGGUCACCGACCUCCCUUUCUUCCUCACUCUCGAGCCGACUGAUCGUUCCCCGGCGUCUCGUCGCCACCGCUCCUCUGCAUAUAUUGAUGUGAUGGAGACGGGGUACGACUUCAUUCUCGGCACUCCGUGGUCUCGUCGGUUCCGCAGCACCGAGGCCGAUUGGGCGACCAACACUCUCGUUCUCAAAACUAAGUGUGGACAGACGUAUCGUGUACCUUUCAUAGGUACCACUGCGACACCACGCCCCGAUCCUCCUCCCCCGGAGCCUUUCGUGCCCAUACCAUCUCCUUCUAUCACUGUCAUUUCGCCUCGACAGUUCGCCCACUUCAUCCGACAGGACGACGUCACCUUCUUUAAGGUGAACGUGACGGAUCUCUUACACUAUGAUCCACCCUGUCCCGACGUCGAGCUCAUCCCUCUACAGCCAGAUCCUCCUCCUAUCUCCAUGGCUCCCAUCUCUACUUUUGUCCCUCUGCCGUCCGUUGAGUCGACCCCGCCGUCGCGCGUUGACGCUGACGCUGAGGCACUCGCACGAUAUACGGCUGACCUGGAGCCCGCAGUUCGUGACCUCAUUGGAGAGUACCACGGCGUUUUCCCAUCGUCGUUCUCGUACGCUGGCAUCCCACCGAUGCACGACGUCGAGCACUCCAUCCAGCUUGUGCCUGACUAUCGUGUUCACCACCAGGCACGCUACAGACUCUCGAUCCCCGAGGCCACCAAACUCCAGCGUCAGCUUGAGGAGCUCCUGAGACUGGGUUUCAUUAAACCCAGCAACUCCCCGUGGGGUGCACCCGUCCUCUUUACUCGCAAAGCGGAUGGAACUCUUCGUCUCUACAUCGACUACCGCGGUCUCACCCGCUACACGGCAACCGCUUCUUUACGAAGAUUAAUCUUCGUAGCGGUUAACCAUCAGAUCCGCAUCACUGCAGCCGACCAGCCGAAGACCGCGUUCCGAUCGCGCUUCGGCCACUACGAGUUUACGGUGAUGCCAUUCGGCCUCACCAACGCACCCGUUGCCUUCCAGAGGGUGAUGAACAACAUCUUCAGGGACAUCCUGGAGCAGUACGUUCUCGUCUACCUCCACGAUAUCCUGGUCUAUAGCCGUACCCUUGAGGAGCACCUCAGACACCUCCGCGACGUCCUUGACCGCUUGCGCAGACAUGGCUUUUACGCCAAGCUGAGCAAGUGCCGCUUUGCCCAGCACAAAGUGGAUUUCUUAGGACACUACGUGUCUGACCAGGGUCUCCACAUGGACGACGCGAAGAUCACUGCUACUGCGGAGUGGCCUGCUCCCACAUCCGCCAAGCAGCUUCACAGCUUCCUAGGCCUGACCAGCUAUUAUAGUAACUUCAUCCAGGGAUACGCUAGGUAUUCCUACGUCCUUACCUCCACCCUACUCCGGAAGAACCCACCCUGGGCUUGGACACCCCUCCACGAGGGCGCCUUUCGCGCCCUCAAGAAGGCGGUGACAUGCGCACCGGUUCUUCACCUACCCGAUUUUGAUCGGCCUUUUAUACUUACCACCGAUGCAUCAGACUUUGUUGUAGGAGCAGUGCUUUUUUAGGUCUUCCCCUCCUCUCCUGAUUCCUCUCAUCCUCAUAUCCCUCGCUUCCCACCACCUACUCCUACCACUGCUUCCCGACUGACGCCUACUCGUCCAGCUACUGACGAGCCUUCCAUUGACUAUUCCCCUACCAUCACCGAGGACGGCACUGUCGAGUCUCACUCAGGUGAUUGUCCGAUAGCCUUCUACUCCCGUCAGCUUCUACCCGCCGAGAUAAACUACACCGCUGAUG